AUGACAAGCGCAUUUUCCUUUACACACCUGAUUGUCUCGCGGGUUGUAGUUGGCCUUGGUGUUGGUGGACUACUGUCGACUGUCCUUGUUUGGCAAGCAGAGAUCUCUCCAGCGGCAAAGCGUGGCACCCAUGUUACGACUAGUGGGAUCUUUGCCUCGAUAGGUGGCCUGUUUGCCUUGGCCUUGGAUCUUGGGAUGUCAUUCGCUCCUGGAAGUGUAGGGUGGCGCUUCCCCAUGGCAUUCCAAGCUCUGCUGUCCCUGAUGACUAUGGGAUUUACGUGGGUUCUUCCUGAAUCCCCUCGCUGGCUCAUGAUGCAAAAUCGAGUGGCGGAAGCACGGGAAGUUUUCACGGUCUUGGGAGCUGUUGUUACCGAACAUCCUAAGAUAGAGAAUGAGAUUCAAAACGUACAGUCAUCCCUCAACCAAGGAGAGAACUCAUCAAAUCGGGUAUUUGAAAAGGGACCACAGCGUAUAUUCCAUCGCACAAUCAUUGCCGCAAGCCUGUUAAUGUUUGCGCAAUGCACGGGCAUCGAUGUUGUUGGACUCUAUACAAACAUCAUAUUUGAAAGCUACCUGAACCUGGACCCUUUACUUUCCAGGGUUCUGGGUGUGGUUUACCAAAUAGUCAGUCUCCUGGGAGGCAUUGUAUGCGUUUUUACCGUUGAUGGACUGGGCCGGCGGACUCUAAUGUUGUCAAGCGCGACAGGCAAUGCCAUCUGUAUGGCUCUCGUGGCUGGAUUGGGCUCUCAGACUGAGAAUAAAAUGGUCAUUCACGGGUCUGUCGUAUUUAUCUCCCUCUUCCAUUUCACCUUUAUCGUUGGUUUUGCUGGGGUGCCCCUGCUCUAUGCGUCAGAAAUUGCACCCUUGAAAAUGCGUGGCACGAUCAACGGUAUCAGCAUCAGCACUCUUUGGGCAUUCAGCUUCCUCAUCACAGAGGUCACACCAAUUGUCUUUGAAGCUAAUGGAUGUAGAUUUUUCAUCGUUUUCGCUACUUCUAAUGUGAUCAUCAUGGCAGCGGUAUACUUCUUAUUCCCAGAGACCUCUGGGCACACCCUGGAAGAGAUAGACCAGAUUUUCAUCUCCUCGAAGACCAUUUGGGAGCCGGUCUGGGUGGCUAAGCGGCUGUCACAGUCAGACCCGGAGGAAUUGCAGAGAAAAGGACAUACGACCCUGAAGGUGUGA